AUGGAAAUGGCAUACGACUUUGCAGAAACAAAGGACACUGCAAUAAUAUUCAUAUACAGGCCUCCUGUGGGCGACAUCCAGAUAAGUCCUGUGCUUGAGGGCCCCAGAAGGCUAAGGCUAUGGAAUGACAUAACCAUCUCUCUCUACAAAGAUGUCUAUCCAGACAUCAGACUUAUCGAGUCCAGGUCAAGAGUAGAAGUCCAUCUCAGAAAGGUUGAGAUGGUGAGAUGGGGAGGGAUCAACGGAAGACCGGCCGAUAAGCCCCAGGACGACGGCAAAGAAACCAUGGUGGAGGACUCUGGAGACGAGGAAAACCCCUCUGUGAUGGAUCUGUUCAGUAAGAUCUAUCAAAGAUCUGGAGACGAUGUCCGCAGGGCAAUGGAGAAGUCCUUCUACGAGUCCGAAGGAACUGUUCUGAGCACCGACUGGGACCAGGUUAAGUCGAAGAAGAUUACUCGGGAAGACUGA